CUAUACUAUCAUUUCACGCUUAGAGCGUUACACUUGCGAUCCCACGCUCAUGCGAGCACCGUAUUCACCAUCCCAUGCUCGACGCUCCACUUGGUCCAGCCCAAGCGUAUCGCCAGCCCCCUGAGCAUCUUCCACGUGAUUGAGCGGAUCGUGUUUUCUCAGCUUGCUGAGCUUUGUCGACCGAGAAGAUACUGACACACUCACGCAAUUGCAUUCAUUAUGCCACGAUUCAUUCUAAAAGUUCGAGCACCUUUUUUAACCGUUCUUGGAUCAGUAUUGGCGAAAACUCGUCACCGCGCCGUGUCCCAUAUGGCGCACAGCCGCUAUGUUUGUAAUGCCGAUGCCGAGCCUCUCCAUCGCUAUCGAGCUGGAGGGUACCAUCCGGUCAAAUUGGGUGAUUUGCUUAACAAGGAGAGGUACAAGAUUCUUCACAAACUCGGAUGGGGUGGAUAUUCGACUACCUGGGCUGCGUAUGAUCGAAGACAAAACCGAUACGUUGCUAUCCAAAUUCUCCAGAGAAUGUCGGCACUAGCGGAUGAUCAUCUGGGCCGAGCUCACUUGGUCCAAAUGCUGGAUCAUUUCACGUUAGCCGGGCCUAACGGAGUGCAUGGCUGCCUUGUCCUCGAAUUACUGGGCGUCAGUGUCGUGAACUUUAUCGAUUCCUUUUGCCGUCAUGAGAGACUCCCGGCAGUCUUAGCCAAAUCUAUAACCUACCAGGUGUUGUUAGGGAUCGACCUCCUAGCUCAACAUCGAAUUGGUCAUGGGGACAUUCAUACAGGAAACUUGGCAAUUGCAAUACCUGACUUACAUACCCUUAGUGAGAAGCAAUUUUUCGACAAGUUUGGAGGGCCUGAUACCGCCCCAAUGCGUAGAACAGAUGGUGCAUCGCUAGAAGACCACAGGCCCGACUAUUUAGUGCGAAACGCUUCCUUGAAAAUGAGUCUUCGCGAGAGCCUACAUUCAUCUCCUGUUGUCAAAAUCAUCGACUUUGGAGAAUCAUACAUUGAUGAUCAUGCACCUAAGACAUUGCAUACACCAUUAGCAAUGCGGGCACCAGAAACUGUAUUUGGCGACCAAAUCGACCAUCGCGUUGAUAUGUGGAGUAUGGGUUGCCUGAUAUAUUUCGAACUUAUGACCGGUCAACCCCCUUUCGAUGUUAUUAUGUUGACCCCUGCUACCUUAGUCUCACAGAUGAUUGAUUUUUCGACCGACGAACUCCCAGCUCGUUGGCAAGAGAAAUGGCAGGCAAUAAGAAAUGGAAUAUCUAAAGUUUACUUUGACGAGAACAAAUGUCCCGAAUUCACGAAGUCGGACAUAGAUAUAAUUUCGAACCUGAUAGGACAAAUGCUCAAGUUCGAUCCAACAUCAAGGGCUUUGGCCAAUGAUAUUCUAGAUAAUCCAUGGUUCACUCGAUCUAUAUGA